GCAUAAUGUACGCCAUUGCCAGAGAAAGGCAGAAAUAGGUCAGCCAUUGGACUUUGGACACUUCUUGAUAUCACCCAAAGAAUGCCUCAAAAUAAAGGUCUUAUUUCAGCACCCAGAUACGAACAUCUCUAGAAUAUCGCCAUGGACAAAUCUUCCGUGAACACCGAUACGGACAAUCCCAAUUCUGGUGCUUUGUGUCACAAUGAAGAAGAGGUCAGGAAUAAGACUGGACCAGCCGACAGUGGCCCUCCGGUACUGCUAUGCCGAUUCUACUCACAGGGGCGACACUGCAACUUUGGCAGGAAGUGCCAUUUUCUCCAUCAAAGAGCUGGUGCUGCCACCCUCACCCAGGAGAAGACCGAGAACAGGACAAACAGGAAGUCUGAACAGGAGUUCCAGGAACAGACCGGUCCUCCUAGCCAGCCUGGGCUCACAGAGCAGCUCCCUGUGGUUGACCACCCUGGAGGUUUAGGUCACAGGCUGCCGUCCAAAUCAAGGACUGCUCCAACCAGAGGUGGGAGAGCCAACAACCGCCGGCCUUGUCGCUAUUUUCUCUCUGGUUGCUGCACCAUGGAAGAUAGAUGUCGCUACUGGCAUCCAGCCCAGUUCCCCCCUGUAGACGACCCGCAUGUGGAUGACGGAGGAAGCCCCAAGGCCAGGGUGCCCCCUGCCCCCCCUCCCAGUGGCCUUCAGGUGAUCAAGCUGAGUGACAUGACGGACAGUGUUGCAAAACAGCUACGGGAUACUGAGAUCAAUCUGCUGAUGAAGCGGUUUCCCAAAGAACAGCUGAUUGUGCAGGAACGGAGCGACGGCAAAGUCACCUUUUACCGCAUCACAGUUCAGCCCACUGAUCCAGACUGGCCUUUUGACCUGAAAGAAAUUGACAUAUUGCUGAGCUUUCCGGAAACAUACCCCCAAGAGGUAUUUACAUUAGAUGUACCAUUGGACCAGGAUUUACCAUCCAUUAUGGGAAGAUAUGUGGAACAAGCUUCAGUGGAGUGGCUGCGUGCCAAGCAUGCCACCAAUCAGUUGAUGGGAAAGGUGGAGCUGCUCUUCCGACCAUUCCUCCGCUGGUUGGAUCGCAGCAUGGAGAGACUAUUCACUGAGGGAGCCAGGCAGCUGAAAAAAGAUGUGGAGAUAGCAAAGUCUGGAAUUCAGUUUGUGCCAUACCAGCAGCUCCAAGUAACAGUGUGCAAAGACCAUGCCCCAGAGUACACAACUGACCCUGUCCUCAACACUGAAACUGACCAAGAGAGAACUGAAGAGAGAGAAGAAGAAGAGUGGGAGGAAUUGAGGAACCCUGGCUCUGAUGAGGAAGAUGACAGGGGGAAGGUGGAAAAUAUUAAGAUUAGUGAGCCCCGCAGAGGAACAGAGGUGAAACUGCUGGGCCUGAGGCUGGGAGAGGAGACGGCCACUGUGGUUGCCACACACAUCACUGUAUGUCUGCAGUGCAGCAGGUGUAAGGUGACCGCAGACCUGACUCUAAGUAGCAGGAAACCCUGCACUGCCCAAUGUGAGAAGUGUAACGCAGGGAUCCAGGCUGCCUUCAGACCCAGCAUGCUGCACCGGUACAGUGAUGUCCUGGGCUAUCUGGAUCUGGGCACCACUGCUCCUGUUGACCUGGUCCUACAGGACUGUGAACUGGUUGUGGGCUGCCUUAACUGUUCCAAAGAAGGCCCUGUGCAGAACCUUUCAUAUGGCCAAAGCAAGGAGUUCAACUGCCAACAUUGCCACAGCAAACUAAGCAUUCUGGUUGACAGCACACGAUUCCAGUACAUAAAGCCACGUGAAGUUAAAACAGGUCACAGCGACUCGUCAUGGACCUAUCGGCGGAACAUCAGGGACCCUGCAAUACAGCUGGGGAAAGCCCUUCCUGAGAAGGGAGCCUGCAAACAUUACAGACAGAGUCAUCGCUGGCUCAGGUUCCCGUGCUGUGGCCGGGCCUACCCCUGUGACGUCUGUCACGACAUGGACCAGGACCACCCCAUGGAGUUGGCCACCAGGAUGAUCUGUGGACACUGCUGUAAAGAGCAGCUGUACAGCAAUGGGAAGUCGUGUGUCAGCUGUGGCAACAUGAUGACGAGAGGAGCCUUCACCAGUCACUGGGAGGGAGGACUAGGCUGCAGGAGUAAAGUCAAAAUGAGCAGAAAUGAUAAACACAAAUAUUCCAACUCAAACAAAACCAUAUCACGGAAAGCAACUAGUGAGAAGAAAUAAAAAAGAAUAUGGACUAUAUGCUAACCUAGCAGUGGUUUGUUUUUCAAACCCAGCCAUUGCCAUGACUUGAGAUGUCUCAAGACACUGAUGACUGGGUGUUAGGCUUGCUCUAUAUGUGAUUCAAUAGCAACAAUUUUAUCAAUGCUUAAUUCUUUGUCUAAUAAAUUCAAUGGUUAUUGUCAUGUUAAUUUAAUCUGUUAAAAUUGAUUACUUUUCUUGUUGGGGCAGCAAGAAGGAUCUUUAGAGCAUUACAUAAAUAUCAUCAAUAUGGGCUGCUUUUUCUAAAGUCAUGCAUGCAAUUCUGUCAUUUUACAUGACUACAGACAUUGGAAUACUCUUUAACAGGCCUACCACAAAAGGAUAAAACACGGCAUACCCAAUAUUGAAGUCAAAUAAGUCCACAUACUUUCCAGUGACAAAUUCUUCCGAACUGUUUUUACAGCAUUUAUAGUUUGAAAUAUUCCAAAAGGUCUUUUAGUUGCUGUUUGCUGUGCAUUGAAAGCCAUAUUGGCAAUCACACCUUUAAAAAUCAGCUGUUUGAUAUUUCCUGUCUGUGAUACAAAAUAAAUAAAGCUUAUUUUACUGUAUUCUCUCCUGUA